AUCAGCCAAUGGGAUCGGGGCAGAGACGGUCACGUCAAUGAAAGGAAGGAGCUAGGCUAGCCAUGAGCUUAAAUACUUGUAUGACAUUGUAUUAUUAAGGUGCACAUUCAGCAACCAAGGAGUCCCUUUGAGAGGUCAGCAUCAUGGGUGAACCACAGCAGGUCAGUGCCCUGCCUCCUCCACCUAUGCAGUACAUCAAAGAGUACACGGAUGAAAACAUCCGCAAGGGUCUGGUACCUAAGCCACCUCCACCCAUCAGAGACAGCUACAUGAUGUUUGGCAACCAGUUCCAGUGUGAUGAACUCAUAAUCCGGCCACUGGAGAGCCAAGGCAUAGAGAGGCUCCAUCCCAUGCAAUUUGACCACAAACGGGAGCUUAAGAAGCUCAAUAUGUCGAUACUUGUGAACUUUCUUGACCUGCUGGACAUCCUUAUCAAGAGCCCUGGUAGUAUAAAGCGCGAGGAGAAGCUGGAGGACUUGAAGCUUCUGUUUGUACACAUGCAUCACCUGAUAAAUGAGUACAGGCCACAUCAAGCCAGGGAGACAUUGAGGGUGAUGAUGGAGGUGCAGAAGAGACAGAGGCUAGAGACCGCUGAGAGGUUCCACAAACAUCUGGAGAGGGUGGUGGAGAUGAUCCAGGGCUGCCUUGCCUCUCUCCCUGAUGACUUGCCACAGAUGGAGGGUCCGGAUGUUGCUGGUGAAGUUCCAAGGAGCGUGUCUGAAGGAGCUGGUGUCGGUUCAUCUGGACAGGCCCCCUGGUUGAAUACGGAACCGAUGGAUGUUGAGGAGGCGGGUGCCAGCUGUAUGGCAGCGGGGCACCAGGACAAGAUUAUCCCCAUUUCAAAGCGGGACAAAUUGUUGGACAACAAUGCUGCCAUGUGCAGUAUUAUUGAUGAAAUUGCUUAAGUUGUUUUUCUUUUUUCUUUGACCUAAACAUUGUUGUAUAUACAUAAAGCAAACAUAAAAAUGUUGGCUAUGUUUUCACCUGAACUCGGGCCUGAAUUCUUACUUGGAGUUGGAUGGUGUUUUAUUCAAAAGCCAUUUAGCAGAUAUUACCAUUCCCUGUGAAGAUAUUCGAAGCAUGUAGAAAUCACACGGAUCAACUCAAAACCUCCCAGAAUAAAGACAUUUCCAAUUCCA